CGCUGGGAGAAUUGGGAAUGAGAUCAUCGCCAUUGUUGAGGAUGGAAAUCUGCGCGGAGAGAAGAGCCGAGUCUUCUUCAUCCUUCUCCUGACCUGGUGAGAGAAGACUGGAGAGACCUGGAAGGGAAGCAAGACUGGAUUUCUUUUUUUUUUUUUUUAAACCCUCAACUUUUUCAGAAAAAAAAAACCUGUUGGAUUAAUCCCGACGGUGCCAGGAAUGGAGAGCAGUCCUUCAGAGGUCCCCCUCAAAAGGGAGAGGAAGUUGGAUUUGGGAAAGGCCGGCUCCGUGACCAAGCUGUCUCUUCAGAGAAUUCCGACCGUCACACUAACCAGUCACAGGAACAUGCUAGAAAGACCCCUACACAGAGCGGUCUCCACCACCCCUCCGGUGACCACCGCUGGCCCACGGAAAGCCCCAAGAGGUAGCACAGAACAGACGGCUGGAACGAUGCCCGAUUCACCCGCUGAUGUGAAGACCCAGCCCAGAUCCACUCCGCCCGCCAUGCCACCUCCGCCCCCUGCCGUCAGCCAGGCAGCCAACCGCAGCGCUUCGUUCACGCCCACCACCAUGCUGAACGGGAGCAGUCACUCUCCCACGGCGCUGAACGGCGCUCCCUCCACGCCCAACGGCUUCAGCAACGGCCCGGCCAUGUCCUCCACCGCCUCGCUGUCCAAUCAGCAGCUGCCCCCGGCCUGCGGAGCCCGCCAGCUCUGCAAGCUCAAGCGCUUCCUCACCACGCUGCAGCAGUUCGGCAACGACAUCUCGCCCGAGAUCGGGGAGCGCGUCCGCAGCCUGGUGCUGGGCCUGGUGAACUCCACUCUGACCAUCGAGGAGUUCCACGGCAAACUCCAGGAGGCCACCAACUUCCCCCUGAGACCGUUCGUCAUUCCCUUCCUCAAGGCGAACCUGCCCCUCCUGCAGAGGGAGCUGUUGCACUGCGCUCGGAUGGCGAAGCAGACCCCGGCGCAGUACCUGGCCCAGCACGAGCAGCUGCUGCUGGACGCCAACGCCAGCUCCCCCCUGGACUCCUCCGAGAUCCUGCUGGAGAUCCACGAGCACGGCAAGAGGAGGACCCCCGACAGGACCAAAGACGGCGGUGUGGAGAGAGACGGGCUCCACCCGGACCACCUGGCCAAGCGGCCGUGCACGGUCAGCCCCAGCCAGCGCUACAGUCCGAGCGGCGGUCUGGCACCCCACCCGCCCCCCAACGGGCUCCCCGCGCACCCCCCGAACGGCCUGGCGCACCCCACGCCCCCCGGCCCACAGCACUACCGCCUGGAGGACAUGGCGCUGGCGCACCACUACAGAGACCCCUACCGCCACGGGGAGCUCCGCGAGACCAGGGACCGCCACCGGCCCGCCGCUGCGCACGGAGCCCGGCAGGAGGAGGUCAUCGAUCACCGCCUGACAGACCGGGAGUGGGCCGAGGAGUGGAAGCACCUGGAUAACCUGCUGAACUGCAUCAUGGACAUGGUGGAGAAGACGCGGCGGUCGCUCACCGUCCUGCGACGCUGCCAGGAGGCCGACCGUGAGGAGAUGAACCACUGGAUCCGCCGCUACAGCGACGUGGAGGAUAUGAAAAAAGGUGGGAGCUCCGCCCAGCGCCCUCCUCCUCCUCCUCCUCCUCCUCACAACUCCUCCUCCAACACCGCUAACAGCACCGAGCCACAGCCGCUAGAGAUUCACCGGGAUUUUCUGCACCGGCCGUCCUCAGGAUACCUGCCCGAGGAGAUCUGGAGGAAGGCCGGUACUACAAGUGUCCCACUCUCGCCGGCACUAAAGCAGCUCCAGACCAAGCAGGAGGAGGCGGUGAACGAGGUGAAGAGACAGGCCCUGUCGGAGCUCCAGAAGGCGGUGACGGACGCCGAGCGGAAGGCCCAUGAGAUGAUCUCGGUGGAGCGGUCCAAGAUGGAGCGGGCGCUGGCCGAGGCCAAACGUCAGGCCUCCGAGGACGCACUGACCGUCAUCAACCAGCAGGAGGACUCCAGCGAGAGCUGCUGGAACUGCGGGCGGAAGGCGAGUGAGACGUGCAGUGGCUGCAACGCGGCGCGGUACUGCGGCUCCUUCUGCCAGCACAAGGACUGGGAGAAGCACCACCACGUGUGCGGCCAGGGCCUGCUCCCGGGGGGCGGCAACGCGCCCUCGUCCUCCUCCUCCUCCUCCUCCUCCUCUUCGUCCUCCGCCCCCCCCACGCACUCGGAGAGCACCCCCCCCGCGCCCCCGUCCCUCCCCAGCAGCACCUCAGGCAGCCCGAAGGAGGCCAGCUCCAGCAGCGCCUCCAGGGCCACCACCCCGGCCACGCCCGCCCUGCUGGACACGGCGUCCCGCUGA